AUGAUGACGACGUGCCGUCUGCUGUGCGCCCUGUUGGUGCUCGCCCUGUGCUGUUGCCCGUUAGUGUGCGCGACAGCGGUUGUCGUGGAAGGAGAUAACCCCCGUACGGACUCCGAUGCAAAAAAAAAUAUAAAUGGGAAAAACGGUAAGCAAAAAGUAACGGAUGGGAGCUCAGAAGUGAAGAGCAAAGAGUCAGAGAAUGAAAGUGAGGGCGGUACGCAAGUCAUAGAAGGUAGCCCCACCGAUGGGACGUCCGGCAGUGAUCGUGCGUCCGGUGAGCCAGGGAAAACAAGCGCUGUGGAUCUAUCCGCAAAAAACCCAAAAUUGGAGGUUCCUGUGGAAAAAACGACGAACACGACGACAACCACAACGACCACAACUACAACAAUGGCACCAACCACGACGACAACAACGACCACAACCACUACUACACAGGCACCAAGUAAUACAACUACAGAGGUGCCAACCACGACGACCACCCGCGCACCGUCACGCCUUCGUGAAGUCGACGGCAGCCUCAGCAGCUCUGCGUGGGUGUGUGCCCCGCUGCUGCUUGCCGCAUCCGCGCUGGCGUACACCACUCUGGGCUGA